GACAUGGAAGGGCCCACUGACAAGCUUUUCUGCUGCAGGUGGGUUCGCCUCAAGGUUUCUUUGGCCCACAGAGAGGAACUGUACCACAUCCUGAGGAUGGCAGGGCCUCUGCUGCUCUCUCGAAUCCUCCAUUACCUGCUUCCAUUUGUGGUUACAAUGUUCUGUGGGCGUCUGGGAAAUGAAGUAAUGGCUGGCUAUGGAUUAGCAUCUUCCACAAUUAAUGUCACCACUGCAGCAACAGGAUAUGGUCUGGGGCUGGCAUGUGAUACUUUGGUGUCUCAGACAUUUGGUGGUAAGAACCUGCUGCGGGUGGGAGUGAUCCUUCAGCGAGGCAUCAUCAUCCUGCUGUUGUUUUGUUUACCCUGUUGGGGUCUGCUCAUUAACGCCCAGGCCAUCCUGUUGUGUCUGGGUCAGGAACCUGAGGUGGCCAGAAUAGCUCAGCUAUAUAUUACAGUCUUCCUUCCAGCAGUGCCAGCAAUGUUCCUACAUCAUCUUCAGGUGUCAUACUUGCAGAACCAGGGUAUAAUAUUGCCCCAAAUGUACACUGCUGCCAUGGCAAAUGUAGCCAAUUUGAUGACAAACUACAUAUUUCUUUACUGGCUGGAUCUCGGGGUGAGUGGAUCUGCAGCAGCCAAUACCCUGUCUCAGAUUUAUAUCUGUGCUUUUCUGUUUGCUUACAUUUGUUGGAAGAAGCUCUAUGUCACAACAUGGGGAGGCUGGUCUGUAGAAUCACUGCAGGAGUGGGGCACCUACAUGAAACUGGCCAUUCCCAGUACACUAAUGAAGUGCUUUGAGUGGUGGAUUUAUGAAUGUGGUGUAUUCUUUGCAGGAAUGCUGAGUGAAGAUGAGCUGGCAGCCCAACAUGCAGUGAUAAUGGUGUCAUUCAUAACCUACAUGUUCCCACUUGGUAUUCAAGCUGCAGCAUGUGCCCGAGUGGGUAAUGCUCUCGGUGCAGGAGACACUGCAAGGGCGAUCCUCACAAGCAAAGUAUCUCUGUCUCUCGCAGGUACCUUGGCUGUUGUUGAAGGUAUCAUACUUGGCUCUACCAAGACAGUGAUUGGCUACAUGUUCACCUCUGAUGAGAAGAUAAUAGGCCUGGUCUCUUACUUGAUGAACGCUUACUGUUUCCUUCAGCUCUUUGAUGGUCAGGUGUGUGUGUGCACAGGCAUCUUCUUGGGCACAGGCAAACAGAAGAUACCAGCUGUGGCUAAUCUUAUUGGAUACUAUGGCAUAGGACUUACACUGAGCAUCACAUUCAUGUUUGUUGCAAAACUGAGAGUUUUAGGUUUUUGGCUGGGACUGCUCAUUUGUGUCAUUUUACAGUCCACCUUCUACAUCAUUGUCAUCUUCAAGCUGAACUGGAAGAGAAUGACAGAGGAGGCUCUGGAACGUGCUCAGAACACACACAUGACAUUAAUAAGCACAGCUGUCCUGUCAGACACUGCACGUGCCAACACUGCUGACCUGAUAGCAAAUAAUGGAAGUUCAGUGGAUGGCUCCAUGUCUGUGAGUACCAGGUGCCAUGACGGGGACACAGAGACACAGCAUGGACAUGUGGUCCAGCAGGUGAAGACUGAUCGUCUCACCAAUACGCAGCUGUUUCUCAGGCGAGGCCUCACUAUGUUUGCGGCUGUUGUUCUUCUGGUUGUGGGAGCAUGUGUGCACUUCCUUGUGCCCUUGCCAGAAACCCUGUCUUCGGAGGCCAACUUUACACUGGACUGGAUCAAUACUACAUAUGCUCCUGAUCAAUUUUUUUCUAUUACUCUGGUCCCCAAAUGAAGAGUCAG